UGGCUCCUUCCGUCUCGUGUAGCCUCGAUGCUCAUCACAGCACUCAAGCUCAUUCUUGACUUCAUCUUGGCUCCGUUCCGAUAUUUGGGCGCUGCCUUCUACGACUCAAACGGCAAAUUCUCUCUCCUCAUACCAAUGCGAUCCAUGCGCCGCUUGUUCUCGCCCGAGCCUCGAGAACCUGCCCCUCACACAUCAUCCACCAAGCCACAGACACGUCCACGAGGCACCUCCGUCGAUUCGACCACCUCCUCUGUUGCUUCUGACUCCGAACGAGACGCUUUUGCAUCUUUUGACCAAGGUCCUGCCGCCAAUACUCGCUCCAAGUCUGCUGCCGACAAGGAUGAAAUAGCUCCCGCUAAACGCUCAAUUCGUAUCAAGCUUCACAACAACGAAGAUGCUCUGCGCCGUAGACGCCAACGCAACACUUCGGAUGCCGAAAAGUCGGACCAAGACAAGGUCGCUGCUGUUGCGAACUCUCUGAAGUCCCCAACAAACUCGGCUGCUACAAAACUCAGAUAUCCCCGCGCUCCUGCUCCUCCUAGACCUCUCGUACCCAGGCGUCAACCCUCCUAUGUCAUGACUUAUAAUCCCGACCCACCCAAGAAGACACUUAUCAUCGACUUGGACGAGACUUUGAUUCACAGUAUGGCCAAGGGUGGAAGAAUGAGUACUGGUCAUAUGGUCGAAGUCAAGCUCCAAGGACCCAUUGGAGGAAAUGGUAUGGUGCUUGGUCCUCAAGUACCCAUAUUAUACUAUGUGCAUGAGCGUCCAUAUUGCCAUGACUUUUUGCGCAAGGUUUGCAAAUGGUAUAAUCUGAUAGUGUUCACGGCAUCUGUACAAGAAUACGCCGAUCCUGUCAUUGAUUGGGUUGAACGCGAACGUAAAUACUUCAGCGGCAGAUACUAUCGUCAACAUUGCACAUUCCGCAAUGGUGCAUACAUAAAGGAUUUGACACAAGUAGAGCCCGACCUGAGUAAGGUCAUGAUUCUCGAUAACAGCCCGAUGAGCUAUAUUUUUCAUGAAGACAAUGCGAUUCCCAUAGAAGGCUGGAUAAGCGAUCCUACGGAUAAUGACCUUUUGCAUCUGGUGCCUCUUCUCGAAGGAUUGCAGUACGUGACGGACGUACGAGCUCUUUUGGCAUUACGGCUUGGGCAA